GUUUGCUUCUUUUGACCUGCACCUAUGUCACCAGUAGAUAUAAAGCUCUAAUUACCUGAUUAUCGAGAGUAGGCCCUGACCUCCUGCAUCUGAUAUGUAGGGAUAUGCAGAUGCGGAUGCAUGCCGUGCAUGCAGCGUAUGCAGCUAUGUACCCCUUACACCAGUCUAGGUUGCAUGAAGACACCCCAAUCAUUGUUCUGCCUCGGAUACGUAGACGAACAAUAUAGGGAGGCAUAUAACUCAAAGCUGUUCGCCCAGCAGUGUGGAGAGACUGCCACAGCUAUCGUCCAGCAACUACCGUCAAGCCCCUGCAGUCUUCAUCUACCGCAACUUGUGCUUGGAUAUGCCCCACCAGACCUGCAUGCAUGUGCCUUUUUAAGAUCGAGGCAACGAUACUGAAUGUUGCAGAGUCUGAGGCCCGAAUCUAAUGAAAGGCAAGCGCCGAACCUCGUCUGAUAGGCAUAAAUGAGUAUGUGGAGUGAAAAACUGAAAAAUGGCAUUGUCAAAGCCCAAAAUCAAAGCGGACUGGAAUAAGAGAUAAGUA